AAAUACACAAAUAGAAGUCAUGUUAGUUUCUCAACUGAAGAAAUUUCACACAGUAACAACCACCUACGCCACUACCCUGAAGGAAUGCGUGGGGACUUCAAACUUGAGAAGGGCGAAAAUGGUCCACGCAAAACUCAUCAAAACAUCGGAUUUCGAGUCGGACUCCAUCUUCAUCCACAACCAUUUGAUGAAUGCUUAUGUGAAAUGCGGAGACAUCUCUGACGGUCACCAGGUGUUCGAUGAAAUGCCCGAGAAGAACGUAGUGUCAUGGACGGUUCUCAUUGCUGGUUUCGUGCAAAAGAAUUUCCCGACCGAAGCAGUUUCCCUUUUCUCGGAUAUGCACAGGAGCAGCAUUAGCCCUAACGAGUACACAUUCGUCAGCACACUCCAUGCUUGCUCAUUUGCCGAGAGUUUAGACUUAAUUUGUGCGCUUCAAGUUUAUGGAUUGAUCAUUAAGCUGGGAUUCGAGAGCAAUGUCUAUUUAGUCAACGCGUUCUUGACCGGUUUGAUCAGGCACGGUAAGUUGGACGAAGCUGUACGCCUCUUCGAAGGGUGUCUUUAUAAGGAUAUUGUUUCGUGGAAUGCUAUACUCGACGGUUAUUUGAAAUUUAAAUGCGAGGAUAUACCAAGAUUGUGGCAAAGAAUGAUUCGUGUAGGUGUAAAACCAGACGAAUUCACUUUCGCCACGGCUCUCACCGGAUGCGCCGAGCUAUCGAAUCUUGAAAUAGGAUUGCAAGUUCAUUCCUUAAUGGUGAAAACAGGUCACGCAAUUGAAAGGUGCGUGGGGAAUGCUUUAGUGGACAUGUACUUGAAGAAUCGAAGGCUCGACGAAGGUUUUCGAGCUUUUGAUGAGAUUUCUACAAAGGAUGUGUGUUCCUGGACUCAAAUGGCUGCAGGGUGUUUGAAUUGUGGUGAGCCAAUCGUAGCACUUAAGGUGUUCGAUGAAAUGUCGAAGGCCGGAAUUACGCCAAAUAAGUUCACUCUUGCAACAGGGCUUAACGCGUGCGCUAGCUUGGCUAGUUUAGAUGAAGGGCAAAAAGUCCAAGUCUUUGCUAUAAAACUCGGCGACGAAAUCGAUGUGUGUGUGGAUAACGCAUUGCUUGAUAUGUACGCGAAAUGUGGAUGCAUGGAAGGUGCGUUGAGGGUUUUCAGAUCUAUGAAAGAACGUACCGUGGUUUCUUGGACGACUAUGAUAAUGGGGUACGCUCAAAACGGGCUUUCCGAAAAUGCCCUCGAGAUUUUCGAAGAGAUGACAAGAGUUGAAGGAGAAAAGCCGAAUCAUAUUACUUUGAUAUGCGUGCUGUAUGCUUGUAGUCAAGGGGGGUUUAUCGAUAGAGGGCUCGAGUAUUUCUCUUGCAUGGGGAGUGAUUAUGGUGUUGUGCCUCAAGAGGACCAUUAUGCUUGCGUGGUGAAUCUUCUUGGUCGGGCGGGCCGGAUUAAAGAAGCCGAAGAGUUGAUUUUGAAAAUGCCGUUUAGAGCAAAGAGUGGGGUUGUUUGGCAAACGUUGCUCGGGGCUUGUAGGGCCCACGGGGAUGUAGGGACGGCCAAAAAUGCAGCGAGGCGUGCGUUUGAGAUUGAUGAGAGUGAUGCUUCGACUUAUGUGCUGUUGUCGAAUACGUUUGCUGAUUCGGAGAAUUGGAGCUGUGUGGGGAAAUUGAGAGAGUGGAUUGAGAAUAGGGAUAUCAAGAAAAUGCCCGGCUCGAGUUGGCUUGAAAUAAACGACGAUCGUUGAUUUAUUACAUUGAAAAUGCAGAGUUUCAAUUAUUUGUGUUUUUGUUGACAUUUGUAUGCACCUAUGUUUUCAAUGAUCUGUGUAAUAUAUAAUCUUACACAGUGUUCAUUCCAGCUUUGCUUAUUCUCAUUGUGAAAGAAAAAAAAAAUCUUACAAAGAAUUCUAAAAAUAAAUUCGAAAAACA